GAAGUAUCAUUAGCCUUGGUCUAAUGCGUCCAGGGUUCCAGGUCCAGCGGAAAGCAGUCUUCUCCCCAGUCCCCACCCAGUACAUGGCACCCGCUUGUCCUCGCUAGAACACCACCACGCCUCCAGCCUCCAGCUGUGCCGCCGCCGCGCCCUCCUCCCCCGCCCGCCGCCCGCACGCACGCUUUCCUCCCCGACGGCGUCGGCGCUCGGCGGAAGCAGCAGCAGCGGCGUCCGACUGAACGAUCCCCUGUCGCUUACCUCCAGCCGCCCGGAUCGGACGCCCUCCACACCCUAGCGUCUCGCGCCGCAUUCCGCCGUUUCCUCUUUCACGUGUCCGGACGGAUCAUGUGUGAAGAAGAUGGAUGCCACUAGGAGUGCACAAUCAAUCCAUGGCCAAGAUGAACAAAAAUUGUAUGAUGAACUAAAAAGUGCAGUCUGGGUAAUUCAUGUAGAGAGUGAUGAAAGUAGUGGGACAGGGACUGGUUUCUGCAUUGAUCAGCGUGGGUUAAUUAUGACGUGUGCACAUUGUGUGAGUGGCAAAACCUGUUUUGUAGCAAGGCAAAACGACAAGAAGUUCCAAAAGGCUUAUGUUUUACACAAAAUUGAAUCUUGGGACAUUGCAAUUCUGUGUUUUGUGCCUAAUGGCUCAGAUGCUUAUCCAGCUGUUUCUCUGGCAAAUGAUGGGACCUUAGUUCCUGGCCAAGAUGUAUAUGCUAUUUCAAACCAGCAUUCUCUUAUGUACUCCUUCUGUAGUGGAAAGGUUAGUUAUCCCUGCAGUGAUACAGUAAGAACUUUUGACAGGACGCCAAGGUCUUUUGGGAAAGAACCAACCGACCAUAUACCCUCAGAGACAUCUGAAUACCGUACACAGAAAGAAACAUCUUUUACUCUGCCAUUUAAUGAAGAUCUACCGAUAAUUGAAAUGAGGAAUAUUCAUCUUGGCCAUGGUGGAUCAGGAGGCCCAAUUUUUCUUCACAUAGGAAAAGUUGUUGGGAUGAUGUCAUCAGGAGAUUUCUCAAAGAGUUAUGCAGUGCAUGUGUCAGCAUUACGAAUAGCUUUUGAGGAAGCAAAGAAAUUAUACAGCAAGCUGGUGAAUCAUUUGGCAGCCUCCGAAAAGCAAUCAAGAGACAAAAAUGAAGGCAAAAAUGAAUCCAACAAAUCGAAUGAAAAGUGAAGGAAAAAAAUGAUGUUAAGGAAGUAGAUUGGAGCAAACAAUGGUGAAAUAAGCAAUUCGAUCCAUUGUCGUGGAUUGUCAAUUUGGGAUUUGACGAGAUAAUUAGCUGGCCAGAAUUUUUCAUUGUUGCACAAAAUGCAUGCUUCAUGACAUUCAUGCUCUGGAUUCUGGUAAAAUACAGUAACAUAAAUUUAAACAUCAAAAGCAUGGUGCCUUGGACUAUGUAGGUUGAUCCCCUUGUUUCCUGCUGUUAUAUUAAACUUGCUUGUAUAAUUUUUUUUUUUAGAAAAUGGGAUAAACCCAACCUCUACAUCCAAUGUACACGGCCAAACUUGCUUGUCUUAUUGCCUUGUUGGUAUUUGUUUCAUGGUUCUUUCCUGGUUUUGUUUA